CGUUUCGAGCCUUGAUUUAGCGCCGGUGAUACUUUCAAAUCCGAACCGGAAAAAAGAUUAGACGACGAUGACGAUCCGGCAUUCAAUAUAUUCAUCAACCUGAAACGAAAAUGAGCAUUUUGGAACAACCUAUCGAUUACGAAGCUCUUGAAGUUGAGUUGCACGAUGCCGUAAAAGCUGACGCUUUAUACAAGCUCCAAAAUGAUGCGAAAAUUCGUGCGGUCGAACAGCGAGUUCCUACGUACGAUCAAUUCAGAGAUAUGGUAAGUGCAGCUCACUUGAAACCUGUGGAGCGUUCGGACACGCAGCCCAAGUUAGGAGUUCGGUGGAACAGCGUAGCAUCAUGCACGACUCCAAAAACUCAACUUCCCCACUGCUUUUACACGUUGACAAAGUCGAUGUCCCAGAAGCCUGCAGACUCGUUUUAUACCAACAAGGAAAAAGCGGAGGAUACCACAAUUAUUCAAAAUGUGCAGGCUCCGAAAUCAACUGAGGAAUUCUUACAGACGUGGAAAAAAAUAACUGAUCACAAGAAGAGAUUUGAAUAUUUAUUGACCAUAAAGCCCGUCGUUUUUAUCGAAAUAUUUCGACCUGAGGUCCCUCUUGGCGUUCUGGGAGAGAUCAUGGAGGCAUGCCUGAGGAAUUUACCAGAGGGUGACGAUGUAGAUACGGUGAUUGAUGUCCUGACAGCUCUCAGUCAUUGCAACAGGUUUCAGUUGAGCGUUAACUUCAUGACGCAAGAGGAAAAAGAUGUUUCGAAACAAUUAUUUCGAAGAUUGCUUGCCAGGGGAAAGGCCGGGGAUGGGGCGGCAGAAGUUACCGUCGAUAUGUUGCGGAAACGGUAUCAAAUCAAAUUUGACUGAAUCUGUGACUUACAUGUACGCCUAGUGCGUAAAGUACCGUCUGCAUUGUGAAGGAUAAUUGUAGGCUUCGUCUGUAUUCAAGAUAUGAAGUGUGGAAAUGUGUCUCGAAUAUGUAACGAUAUGCGCAUGCAAGAAUUUUCCGUGACAUUUGUCAGACAAUAAAAUUUAUUGCUCUCAA